CAAAAUUUAUACCUCCAAUCAGCCAUCUCUGGCUGUCCUAUCCGUUCCCGAAUCACUUCCGAAACCCCCAAAUUUUUGUAGGGUUUUCAUCAGUGCUUCCAUCAUUUGUAUGGUAAAAUGGAACAACCUGCGGCACCAAAUGCUGUACCUCAAAAAGUUAGCGACAGAGACAGCAGCAGCAAAGCGAAGAGAAAAAUCCCAACACCCCAGGAGCUGAUAUCCCAUUACCAAAACCAGGGAUUCGAUCCCCAAGAAGCUUCCAUCAAAGUCAUUGAGGAUCUUCAAAACGUGGUGAUGAGGGUCGUCUCCUCCAACUCCAAACCCAAGAAAGACAAGUUCUUGAUCGAAACUUCCAGAAAGAUUGACAGUGUCAACACCAGGCUUGCUGUUGUUGACAUGAAGCUCGACUCCAAGCCUGGUUAUUUGGAGACUUUUGCAAUUGGGGUUGCUUCCGGUGCUGCUUUUAAUGGAAUUUGCAGUGUUCUGCCUCAUGUUUUUGAGGGUUUCGCUCAGAUUUGGUCUUCUGUUAGGACUGCUACCAAGCCUUCUUCUUCUCCUUAAUUACAUUUAGAUUAAAAUUUUCAAGUCAACAGUUUUUUUUUUAUUUGGCUAAUCCUGGUUUGGGAAUUUGAAUUAGAGUACUUCAAUGCUACUGAAUUUGAGUCAAAUUUUAGAAAAGAUAAAACAGAUUGUCAGUAUGUAUGAUAUUGUGUGUUAUUAUGCUUAGAA